UUCGCUUACAAAAAGAGCUGCGCAUGCGCAUGUAUGAGGAGCCUAUGGAGGAAAUUGCACUGUUGCUCGUGGGUCGAACAGGCGCUCGAGUGGCAAAACCACUAUGACAUAUUCCACUUUUCCAUUCUGUUCAUACUGGUAGCUCUGUUCACUGCUUGCUUCUUAUCGACCGUUGUAUCUCCAUUGGUGCGAUUCGUCUUCGAAACCCAUGACUCCUUCAUUGUGAUGCCCAUAUGGUAUCCGUGGGACAUGCUCGCCAGCCCAGUGCGAUUCUGGCUCGCCUACGUGUACGAAUCGAUCGUCCUUUGGUACACGGGUGUUCACUUCCUGCAUUCCGGAACUCUUUACUUCUACGCCAUCGCGACGGCUAAGACAAGAUUCCACGUCUUGAGUGACCACAUCGUCAACGUUGCAGUCCAGUCAGAUUGCUCCAAUCCUAAUGAAUGGAAGUGUUCUCUCAAAACAGGCAGAAAAAAUUAUUUAAUCGUGCAUUCUUGCCGUACAUAACGGCGUUACAUUUUGUCACAACUGCAUCAGCCACAAUCAUGACUUUUGGAGCCAUUAACGAGAUACGUAGUAACGGCAAAGUUACCAUGAACGCGCUGAACAACAUGUCAUACUGCGGCACCAGUUUUGGAUCAUGGUUAGCUUUAAGCUACUGUGCAAAUCGUCUUCAAGAGGCGCAUGAUCGCCUCCGCUACUCCUUGUGGGAAAGUGAUUGGACGUUAGGAGGUAGAGAAUUCAAACAAAAUUUUCUCAACUGCGAAACUCUCCUGUGUUAUCGCAUGCCGUUGAAAGCCUACAAGUUCUAUCAGAUUAAUUUGCACUCGUUUACAAGAAAUUUCUACAAUGUGUGGUCUGUCAUCGCAUUCCUGUACCAGGUGUCGGGGAAACAACUAAGGCGUAAUUCCACGGCAUAAAUUACCUGUUUAAUUGUACGUCUCAUCAACCAGUCACUCCGAGUCUCAACCGACGCACCGGAUGAUGGUACAAAAAGUCAGACUUUACAGAAAAAGUUUUGAAUUCGCUUUUCAACUGGGCAUCUUCGAACUCUUCAUCCAAGUUGAUUUCAAUUUCUACAGGUCUUCAGGGAAAUGAAAUUAAAUAAGACGCACCGACCCGCUGAACUUCUUUGUUCAUUACAAAUAAGUUGUUACAGAGAUUUUCAAUACAAACUGCCCUCUUUUCGAAUAUUAAAGACUCACAAUAAUUAAUGUUA